AAACCUCAGACAUGAAAGCAAGUAAGAGGUCCCCUGUACUUCCACCCGUUGGCUGGUUGUUUUCCGCCCUGUUGUUCUGUCCAAGCGCGCACGCCGCGCAGUGAUGCAGAGCCAUGUGCGCCAAUGUGUUCCACCACACUUUGGAGGAGAGCAGCGGUUGUUUUUGUUCCUCGUCUGCUCUAGAUUCUGUACACUGGGAAGUGUGUUUCAGAUUUCAGAAGAUGUACCUUCAGACUGUUGAGUCUUUAAUUUGAAGACCGAGUCAUCGCAUAAAUUCUGACUGUGGUUUAACGGACAUAGAUUGAGAGCCAGAGAGAGCAAAACCAGCUGAAACUGGACAGAAGAGGAAACAAGAGGCUGAAAGGAGUGAGAGAGUGAGGGAGAGGAUGAAGAGAGGAAGCAUCUUGUCCAGCAGAAGUCUAGAGAUGAGUGAAAAAACUCCACAUUCAGCGGCCGCUCCUGAUGGCGGAUGGGGCUGGAUGAUCGUAGCCGGAUGUUUCCUCACCACUGUUUGCACACGUGCAGUCACUAGGUGUGUUUCCAUCUUUUUUGUGGAAUUCCAGUCAUACUUUUCCAGAGAUUAUUCUGCAACUGCAUGGAUACACUCUCUGCUGGACUGCACCACAAUGUUGUGUGCGCCACUGGGUAGUUAUAUAGGGAACCGCCUCUCUUCUCGUAUAGCUAUCAUGUUUGGUGGGCUUCUUUCCGCUGCCGGCCUGCUGCUCAGCUCACUGGCCACCAGUGUGGAGUUCCUGUAUCUCACACUGGGUGUUCUUACAGGUGUGGGAUUUGCUCUCAGCUACACUCCUGCAAUUGCCAUGGUGGGUUCUUACUUCAGCGAGAGAAAAGCGCUGGCUUACGGGAUCGCCAUGUCAGGCAGCGGCAUCGGAACCUUCAUACUAGCACCCGCUGUCCAACUCCUCAUUGAGCUCUUCUCCUGGAGGGGUGCGCUGCUCAUUCUGGGGGGUUUGGUGUCCCACCUGUGUGUCUGUGGAGCACUUAUGAGGCCUUUGGAAGGUCAAAGCGGGAGACGGAAAGAGAAGGACUUGGAGGGUGGCAAAAAGGUUGAUUUCCUAAAUGUGAAACUUGCUGAUGCAGGGCACAAUAUGGAAGUGAGUGCACAGGAACAGAGAUCGGUGGAGGUAAAACAUACGGAUAUGGAAAAGAGUGGGGAAAAUGAACAUGCUGAGAAUAUGCAGAGCGAUGGAAAAGAACGGAUGGAGUCGGAGCCUUCUGAUGCAAAGCAAACACACUCCAAUGUGGAAAUAAACCUUAGACAGGAGGACUCAGAGACUGUGACCAGAAGCACAGAUGAAUGGGACAAAGAAUCAAAGCCAAAGUACUCAGAUACAGACAUCUCAGUCCCAGCUUUAGUACAAUCAGGUGACUUGCCUUUGGACUGUUUGCCAACCAACCAAGAGGACACAACUUUCCCAGAAUCAAACACUAACCACAAUACUUUGGCACAGUUAAAAGUGGCAAACACAAAAUUACUGAAGCAGUCCAGGGACAAUGUAUGGUCUAUCAUAAGGAAAACAGUAUUGAGAGAAUAUUCCUUCCUGCUGAUACCAGACUUCUUAUUGCUGUUGGUGUCCUUCCUGUUCCUUGCAUAUGGUUGCAGUGUGCCAUUUGUGUAUCUUGUGCCAUAUUCCCUGAGUGCAGGUGUCAGCCCUCAGCAGGCAGCAUUACUCAUGUCUAUACUUGGAGUGUCAGGGAUUGUCGGUACUAUCACUUUUGGAUGGAUUGCAGAUAGAAAGUGUUUGAGGCCAUAUAGGGUGGUGAGUUACAUGCUGGCUGUGGGGUCAGAAGGGCUGAGUUGUCUCUUUCUGCCUCUGCUGAAUGGUUUUUCCCUGCUCGUCCCCUUUUCUCUCAUCUACGGCUGCUUUGAUGGAGCUUACGUGGCACUUAUUCCUGUGGUGACCUCUGACACUGUCAGCUCCACCCACCUGACCUCAGCUCUGGGAGUUGUUUACUUUCUUCACGCCAUCCCCUACCUCAUCAGCCCACCUAUUGGAGGUUGGCUAGUGGAUCAGACAGGUUCCUACACCGCUACAUUCGUCCUCAGUGGAGUCGCUCUGAUCUGCAGUGCUGUGAUGUUGGCUGCUGUGAGAGUUAUCAUCCGUUGCACUAGAGGGAGCUCUUGCUUAAACUAACUCACAUCCAGAAUAUGGCUUUGAUGACUGGAAGAACAUAUAUAUCUUACAGAUAAAAUUAUUAUUGAAGGAGAUUUUAAUGCCGUUCCAGAUGAAAGGAAGGAUAGAUCCUACUUCUUUCAACACAUUUCAUCUGUUUUGUUAAUGAUUAAUAAUGUCAAAAUAUAGAAUUAACUGCAGAGAACGGGUCAUAUUGAACAUUAAAAGAUUGGCAAUAAAAGAAGGGAAACUUUUUUUGCAAAUACUAGAAAAUCAAGGCAGUUGACAAUCUUAUCAAGAUGACAAUACCUUGGUAACAAAGAUAUUUUGAGUGAUAUAGAGCAGAAAGAAUUUCAUGUAUAAUCAAAGUUGAACAUAUUUUAUACAGCAAAGGCAAAUGGAUUAAUAAUAAUAUUAAUAAUAGUAAUAAUAAUGUUUAGCGCCUUUCUACAAAAUCAAGGAUGCUUUACAAUAAUUCCACAUUCACAUGACAGCAAAAUAAAGACGUACAUAAGAGAAAAAACACAGAUCAUGAGACCGGUAAAUUAGAAUAACACAAAGUGAAAAGAUAUGUUUUCAGGUGGGCUUUGAAAUCCCGUAAUGAAGUGAAUAUGCUGGGGAAGAGAGUUUCAGAGUGUGGGGGCAGCGAUACAGAAGGUCAUACCGCCAAAUGAUACUAGUUUAUGCCGGGGAACUUGUAACAGGCCAGAUUCAGAGGACCUAAGUGCACUGGAAGGGGUGUAGGUGUGUAUGAGAUCUGAUUGAGGGGCGAGACCAUGGAGAGCUUUGAAUGUAAUGAGUAUUUUGUAUUGAAUACGGAAACGAACAGGUAGCCAAUGUAGUCUGGAUAAAACAGGAGUAAUGUGAGAAGAUUUCUUGGUAUGUGUGAGGACCCUAGCUGCUCUGAAUAUACUGUAGCUUAUUUAAAGUUUAAGAGGGGAAACCUUGUUAUUUCUUUAAUUUAGAAAAACACAAACAAGCUUUAAAAACUAUUAAUAAACUUGGCAAUAAUAACCACAUAAGUGAAGACACUGAUUGAAAACACUCAUUGAUGAUUAUUUAUUCCUUCUGAUUUAUAAAUCAAGAUUUGAUAAGAGAGAUGGUGAUGUUUUCCUUUCUCAAAAUAUAAAGUUCCUAUUAUAGACAGUGAUUUUAGAAACAUGAUGGAAGCUGAUACUGAUAAUUCAGAAUUAGAUAUUGCUAUUACUCAAAUGUCCAAAGGAAAUUCCCCAGGUAUCGAUGGGAUUACAGUAGAAAGUUUUUGGCCCGAAAUACGAAUCCUAGUUUUUGACUAAAAGAGUAAAGCUAAUUUAUCACCAUCUAUGGAAGCACGGUUUAAUUAUUCUAGUUCCAAAGUCGAGCAAGGACUAAUUAUUUUAGACAAGCUGGAGACAACUGUUUGCAAAUAGACUUAAAAAAGGCGUAGUUUAGCCUAUAGUGCAACACAAUCGGCUUUUAUUAAAAGGAGAAGUAUUCAUAUUAGAUUAGUCUUUGAUUAUAACCUAACUAUCUAAUUCCUCAGACAAGUUUACUUUUCCACAAAAGCCACACGGAUCCACCUCAAAAUGAAAUAUUUUCUGUAUAAAACCACUAUUAACUGAGUAUAUUAUUAUAUUUAUGGUAGAUGUGCUUUACUGUUGGUUGUCAUCUGUCUUGUAGUGUAUCAUUUGUAAUCAAUCAAGCAGUCAAUCAAUCAAUAAACAAACAACGACUGCGUCCACCUGGCUCCUGUAGUCAACACUGCCAUCUAGAGUUUUGGCUGUUUUUUUUUUAUGAAUGCAAACAUCACAAAGAUGACAUUAAAGAUAUACAACUUUGUAUAGAGUACACAACAUUUAUCAACAAUAUGUACAAUGUCAUCUGAACAUACAGAACAAAAAAAAAAAGAAAAAGUACAAAUUGGAAGAAAGGA